GGUACAGAGCGGGCUGCGGGAGGAACCCGCCCAGAACCGACGGGAGUGACGUAGAGAUCCAGAAGUUGCGGAAAGUUCUCAGCAGGAGCAGCGGGAGGAGUUGUGCCGCGGUCCGGAAUGCGCUCUCUCUGCGCUCUGCUGGGGAAAUGCGAGGACACGGUUCGGGGCUGGGGUUCGGGUUCGGGGUCCGGGCGGCUCUUUGCUCGGCGGCGCUGCUGCUGAUAAACAGCUUAACCAGCAGCGCGGAUCCACAGCACGAGCUUCUGAACCGGAGCCGACUCUCUGAACUGUACAGUAAAGGUGUGUUCCUUCUGGAGAGCAUUUCUCAGCAGAGCUGUCUUCAGGCCGAAUCCUCCGGUCUCUCUCUCACCAGCUGUGAUCGCCCCACUGAUGCCCUGCUGUGGAAGUGGGUGUCUCGCCAUCGCCUCUUUAACCUGGGUACCAGCAAGUGCCUCGGGUUCAACACGACUACCCGACCUCAGGCUGAAGUGGGCAUCUAUGAGUGUGAUGUUCAACUCCACUCUAUGUGGUGGCGCUGUCGAGGAAACGUACUGUAUGGAGCCUCCCAGAACAAGCUGGCAUCAGUGGGAUCUAAAGUGGUGGUGAAGAAACUCAGUCUGUACGAGUGGAGGAUCUACGGGGCGGCCGGAGAGUCGCCCUGCGCCUACCCGUAUGAAGAAAUCCACACUCUGCUAGGAAAUGCCCACGGUAUGAUCUGUGCCCUGCCCUUCCAUUACAACAGUAAGUGGUACUGGGACUGCACAUCAGAGGGCAGAGAAGACCAGCAUCUCUGGUGUGCCACCACCAGCCGCUACGACCAGGACGAGAAGUGGGGGUUCUGUCCAAUUGAAGUGUCCGGCUGCGGGCAGCUGUGGGAGAGUAAUGCUGAUCUGAAAGCGUGUUACCAGUUUAACCUGUACUCACUGCUCACCUGGAGCCAGGCGCUCGUCUCCUGCCAGUCCCAGGGUGGCAGCCUGUUCUCCAUCACCCACCCUGCAGAGUACAGCUACAUCACAGAAAGACUGACGGACAUGGGCGUGAUGGUUUGGACCGGACUGAACCAUCUGGCCGAUACUGGAGGGUGGCAGUGGUCAGAUGGAUCUCCCCUGGCUUUACUCCAGUAUAUGUCAGACAUGUCAUCGUCGGCGGUGCUGCAGGGCCAGCUGUGUGGGGUGUUUAACUCGGCUGUGGAAAAUGGACCCUGGCAGAGUCUUUCCUGUGAUUCUGCUCUGCCCUACAUCUGCAAGAAGACCCCAAACAACAGCCGGAGAGUCGAGCCUCUGGAAACCUGGCAGUAUAAGGAGACAACAUGUCCUGAUGGCUGGUUUGAUCAUAAUGGUUUUUGUUACCGAUUUGUUGAGGAGAGGAGUAGCUGGGAUAACUCCUCCAGUACCUGUCGAGAUCUCGGAGCGCAGCUGACCUCUAUCCAUUCACUGUCUGAGCUGGAGAUGCUGCUAGCGCUCAUUGCUAACGCCUCCGACCCGAAGGUGUGGAUUGGUUUGUCCAUUGAAGCCGAUUUUCACACAGUCAAAUGGUCAGAUAACUCAACUGUUACUUUUACAUCCUGGCACUGGCAAGAGCCAUCUCGUCCCCAUCGAGACAAACGCCUGUGUGUCAACGCCAACAGAGAGAAUGGUAAUUGGCAGCUUGAGGAGUGUGAGAAGAAGCAUCCCGCAGUGUGUCGUACAUCAGGCCUCGUACCCUUACAUCCAACAGGAGAAUGGGAUGAAGGCUGUCCAGAGGGCUGGAAGAGGAAAGGACACUCCUGCUAUAAGGUGGCGGAUCGGGAACAGACAUUCCAGGAUGCUGCGAAGGGCUACUACUGUAAAUCCCCUCUCGUCACUAUCGGAGACAGGUUUGAACAGGCCUUUCUGAACAGUCUGAUCAGUGCAAACAACCAGUCAUUUUCCCAGUUCUACUGGACGGCUUUGCAGGACCAGAACAAGAGCGGAGAAUACCGCUGGCUGACCCAGAAUGGCUCUACAACACCACUCACUUACACCAACUGGAACCAGUACCAGCCUGCCAGUAGAGGGGGCUGUGUGGUGAUGGUGGGUGGGCAGUCUCUGGGUCACUGGGUGGUGAAGAACUGUGACUCCCCUAAAGCACUGGCAGUGUGCGAACAGCCAGUCAGCAGUUACCAUGAUGUUGCCCUAAUGCCCAUGCCACAUAUAGACGUGUUUGCGCCCUGUAAGGAAGGAUGGGAGAGCACCCCCCGUCUGCUGCACUGCUACAAGGUGUUUCACAGUGAGAAGAUUCUGAUGGGACGCUCGUGGUCUGAGGCAGAGUUUUUCUGCAGGGCUCUUGGCGCCGACCUGGCCAGCUUCGGUCACUAUGAAGAGGAGACGUUUGUCAAACGGCUGCUCUCCAAGAUGUUCCACAGUACGGCAGGGCGCUGGUUCUGGACCGGCUUAACCAGGAGAGACCCGCAGUCUGCUGAAUCCUGGAAGUGGUCGGAUGGCACACCGGUGGGGACAUCGUUUGUAGAGGAUCAGAAUGAUGACGUGGGCGGACACGACUGCGCAGUGUACAGUGAUCUGAUCAACACGCUCAUGCCCCGCCCCUGCAGCACCAAAUACGAGUGGAUCUGUAAAGUACCCAGAGGUGUGGAGCUAAUCAAGCCUUACUGGUACAACGAGCAAACGGAGCCAUGGGUGUUCUAUCGUGGGGCGGAGUAUUUCCUCGCCAGUCAGACGUACCCAUGGGAUUCUGUGUCGUUUGCAUGUAAAAUGAUGGGAGCCGAUCUGCUGUCUGUACACUCGAAAGACGAGCUGGACUUUGUCAGAGAGCGCAUGUCGAAACUUCCUCAGGCCUCUUGGUGGAUCGGUCUGUCGGCUGGUAUUGGGCACGAAGGCUUCAGUUGGACUGAUGGAACUGCUAUUGAUUAUGAGAACUGGAAACAUGGAAGACCUUUUAAAGGAGGCGGAAAGAACUGCAUCUCCAUGUCGUCUCAGACAGGUGAAUGGUCAGCAGGGUCCUGUUCAGAUCCUCUCCGCUACGUCUGCAAACGCAGAACCGUCUCGGUGGUGGAGAUCCCACGGGAACCGAAUUUUAUUGGCGCCUGUCCAGAGAACUGGUUCUACUUUGGUCACAAGUGUCUGCUGCUUCACCUCCCAGCCCGGCCCGAGGAGGGGAAGAGCUGGACAGACGCUCAGUCCAUCUGCUCCACCUUCCAGGGUACACUGGUGUCCAUCGAAAAUGAAAUUGAGCAAGCUUAUGUCACCAUGUUGCUCAAUGGCCAGUCUGCGGGCAUUUGGAUUGGUCUGAGGGACACAGACACGAUGAAGUGGUCUAGCGGCAAACCAGUCACUUACACUAACUGGUCUCCAGUAGAGCCCAAGAGCUCAUCCAGUGAGGACUGGACGAACACUGACCCACUCUGUACUGUUCUUUCCAACAACCACAACUUCCACUUUACUGGGAAAUGGUAUGACGAGAAAUGCACAGAGAGCGGCUAUGGUUUCAUCUGUCAGAAACCACAAGAUAAAACUAAACGUCCAUCCCACUCCAAUCAUGACCCCGCCUCCCUAGAUGUCUCUCAGUACCGGAACCGGACCUACCAUGUUGUCCAUGGCAACAUGAGCUGGUAUGAAGCCCAGUGGAGGUGUCUGGAACUCGACGCAGAGCUGGUCAGCAUCACAGAUCCCUUCCAUCAGGCGUACCUUACUGUUCUGGUCAACAGACUCGGAGGCCCUUACUGGAUCGGCCUGUACAGUGAGGACGAUGGUAUAAAUUACCAGUGGUCUGACCGGAGUGACACGGUGUUCACGCACUGGGACUCGGUGGAGGAUGAUGAUGGUGAUGAAGACUUUGUUUUGGGGAACUGUGUGUAUAUGAGUGUGACGGGGGGCUGGAGGAGAGCGGACUGUGACGAGCCGCUGAGAGGAGCGCUGUGCUACACUCCUCCCCAGAGGAGCAGUGCAUACUCAUACGAUGUUGUGUGCCAGGAGACGUGGGUAAAGUUUGGUGGGAGCUGUUAUAAUUUUGAAUCAUUAGUUUUGAAGAUGCCCCUGGAGGAGGCGAGAACGCACUGCAGAAAAAAGGACAAUUCCUCGGAUGUUUUGACGAUCCGGGACGAGAAGGAGAACCGGUUCUUCUUGGAGCAGAUGAAGAAUGCUUAUGAUGGCUUUCAGACCAUUUGGUUGGGCAUUUACUUUAACACAGACAAUGAUGCUCUGACCUGGGUGGACGGCUCUGCAAUAAGCUAUUCAAACUGGCGGACGAGGGCACCGGACACCAGUAGGAUGAGGGCAGACACAUGUGUUUCAAUGCGGGUAUCGGAUACUGAGUGGCGUCUGGCCAACUGCCAGGACAAGCUGGGCUUUGUCUGCAAAACUCGCUUAGCGGAGGUGCAGGAGGUAGAGAUUGAGCCGGUUAACGAGCUGCACCACGGAGUCAUCCCAGCAGCAGUUCUGGUAGCUGUUCUGUUCUUUGCGUUACUGGCCGGGUUGCUGUGGUUCGUCUACAAGAGGAACACGGUGCGCUUCCAAAGGCUCCCGUCGCUCAGCUCCGCCUACUACAGUUCUCAGACCACGGACUCGGACGGAAACGUCCUCCUCGCUGACCUCGAGACCUAGCUGGGGAAUAGUGGAGUGUGUGUUUGUGUGUGUGUGUGUGUGUGGGUGUUCAGUCAGGGAUGCUGCAGUAGGAUCAGUGUUGUUUGGUUGGCUGUGGUUGUGUAAAUGAUCAGUGUGUGUGUGUGAGAAAAGGAUGAUGUGAAGGGAUGAUCUGAAUAUUGGAUUUUGUAGAUUGGAUAUUUUCUUGUUUUUACAAUUCAGGGAGAUCUGAUACUCGCGUCUGGAGUGUGAUGAUCAGACGGGACUAGUGUGAUAUGGGUAACGGAUAUUUACACCUGUUUGAAGCCUUUGUUCGUGUGAAGAUCAGUCACACAGUGCUCCCAGAACGCUGUUCUUGUACAGCCUUGUCCGGCAGGAAGUGCCCCUGGUCUGGGUUAUAACAAUAAACACCAGCUCCUUUAGAAAAGUAGAAAGGAGGUUCAGGAUGAUAUCUGUUAACUCAGUUGUAGCGGGUUAGCGUGGCAGGUCAGUACGGAGGGUCAGUGCAGGAGAAUGUCCGCAGUGAGACGGAUAGAGAUGUUUUGAAAAGGUUUUGGAUGGCCUUGUGUUAUCAGUAUUGGACGCCCUAUCAGAAAGGUUGCUUUUUUAAUAACAAUUUUUCACAAAUCCUGUUUUAUCAUUUUAUCGUAAUAUUGUUCUACAGUUACAUGUUUGUUCUUUAACCAGCACUUUAUCUCCCUUCACCCCCCUCACUCUGUCUCAGCAUUAGUGGAAUAAAGGCCAUGGACGUCGUCCAAAUCCAACUUUAGCCCUGCGCCCUACACUCUGAUGAGCUCCACAUUAAUGAAAACUGCUGAACAGAUCAGCCCCACUUACACUGAGAGAAAGAGACUACAUGAAGAAUAGCACAGUCGAUCAGACAGGGGUAGCUGUGUUUCUGAUUAACUUGUGCUUGUUUUUUUUACAGCAGGAGAUGUUUUUACACAGUCUUUACACUUUUAACAAAUUGAAAACCUCUGGAAUAUAAUCAAGAUGACGAUGGAUUAUCACAAGCCAUCAAACCAAGCUGAACUGCUUGAAUUUUUGCACCAGGAGUGGCAUAAAGUUAUUCAAAAGCAGUGUGUAAGACUGGUGGAGGAGAACAUGCCAAGAUGCAUGGAAACUGUGCUUAAAAACUUAUUUUCUUAUUUCUCAUUUUACUCAUGAUUCAGAUUUUCAAAGCUGUUUUUGCAAAACUUUAAAAAGCAACCACGCCUUGUCUGCUGUCGUGCAGGUGUGUAAAAUGAUAAAUUAUGUUAAUUGGAUUUUCUGCUGAGGGAACCUGUAGGACGGAUAUUGAGGAGUGCGACCGGCGUCUCUUUAUUUGUAUUUUUCCUACAGCAAAUUUUCCAGUGUUAAAUCUCCACUGUGAUAGUUAAAUGAAAACUGUCAGUGUUAAAAUAUAACAUAUAUGAUGUGUACAGAGGAUUUUGAUUUGAUGAGGGAGGUUGAAUACAGACAGUGUUUAUAACCCUUUAUCUCUUCUGAGGCCUCGGAGAGUGUGUCAGUGAUAAAGGGCAGAGGAUAGCGUGUGUGUGUGUGUGUGUGUGUAUGGGUGUUUAAAUGCUUGGCUUAGUUUCGGUCAGUUGUUUGCAGCAUUUUGGAGUCGACUGUUGGAGGAUUAAAGUGUUUCCAUGUGAAUUAGUGCCACUAAAACCCACACACUUCUGCACAUUCAACCAUCUGUGUGCCCUGCAGCCCACCUGUGCCCUCAUGGUUUCACUUUGGGACUGAUUGGUGCCUGCCUUUGUGUGGGAAGUGUUAUUGGACUGAAGCCUCAGAACUUUUCUUGUGCUUUUUUUAUUAGGUGUUAUUUUGAUCUGUGUGUGGUAUAAAUGUAUAAAUCUCUGUACAGUAUUGUGGAUCACGGUUUAUGGUGAAUGCCUUUUCCAAGUUGUCCUGAAAUGGGAAUUCUGAUGUUAAUUAUUCAUCUGUUUUAAAGCAUAGACUCUGCUGGGGUCUGAUUUGUAUUAAAAAGGACAUUUGUACACCACUUUUUUAUAUUUCUCAUGUGAAAUGAAGAAAUAAAGGAAAUGUUUUAAUAUUUCUCCCUUCA